AUGUCUGCAUUGAUGAUCGCUACAUUUUUGUCCACCGCUUUUCUUGAUAAUACAAUCUCAGUGGAUCUGGGAGUUGGUAACGUCGUCGUACAGGUCGCGGAGGAUUUCACGGUUUCUACUCCUACAAGAAAUGAUUUAGGGCGACUCCGUAUUGACAUCAAGGCGAACGUGGAGCCCCUUUUUAAUUGGAACGUGAAACAACUUUUUAUAUUCUUGGCAGCGGAAUAUAAGACCCCUAGCAACUCUCUUAAUCAAGUCGCUCUGUGGGACAAAAUUAUACGACGGGGAGAAAACUACGACAUCCAAUACAAGAGCAUGAAGGGGAAGUACCCAUUCUGGGAUGACGGCUCUGGGCUUCGCAACAACGACAAUGUAACACUGAAGUUCUACUGGAAUAUUAUUCCUAACGCUGGCAUAAUGCCCCUCAGAUCAAGUGGGAGUCAAGUCGUAUUCUCCUUCCCUCCAACGUACUAUGAGACAGUCCAAUGA